CCGCCGCCUCGGCGCUUGCAGAACCCAGAAGUGAACAGCAGGCGACCCGGAAGGUUUGCGCGCGGCUCCGCACCAAGCGGGAGCCCGAGCCCGGAGCCGGAGCCCCAGCCCGGCCCUGCUCGGGCCGCCGGGCGCGGGGCUGCGGCCGCGUCCCGGAGGCACCUCCAGCAACCGCAAGGUGCUGUUGGGAACACAGAGGAAGUGACUGACUGGGGGUUCAGGGAAGGCUCCGUAGAAGAGGGAACACUUGAGCUGGGUCUUGAAGGAUGAGUAGAAGUUCACCAAGUGGGAAAGGACACUCUAGGAUGGCCGAGCCUCGAUUUAACAACCCCUACUUCUGGCCCCCUCCUCCCACCAUGCCCAGUCAGCUGGACAACCUGGUCCUGAUUAACAAGAUCAAGGAGCAGCUGAUGGCGGAGAAGAUCCGGCCGCCUCACCUGCCGCCCACAUCGGCCUCCUCUCAGCAGCCGCUGCUAGUGCCACCUGCGCCCGCCGAAAGCAGUCAGGCUGUCAUGUCGCUGCCCAAGCUGCAGCAGGUGCCCGGGCUGCAUCCGCAGGCAGUGCCGCAGCCGGACGUGGCACUGCACGCAAGGCCGGCCACCAGCACUGUUACAGGUCUGGGGCUCUCCUCCCGGACCCCGGCUGUGAGCACGUCUGAGUCAAGUGCAAGCACGGGCACCGGCACAGGCACGGGUACCAGCACCCCAUCCACACCCACCACCACCAGCCAGAGCCGCCUCAUCGCCUCGUCCCCCACCCUCAUCUCAGGGAUCACCAGCCCCCCCCUCCUGGACUCCAUCAAGACAAUCCAGGGCCAUGGCCUGCUUGGCCCCCCCAAGUCUGAACGUGGCCGAAAAAAGAUCAAGGCAGAGAACCCAGGGGGUCCCCCCGUCCUUGUUGUCCCCUACCCCAUCUUGGCCUCAGGCGAAACUGCCAAGGAGGGCAAGACAUACAGGUGUAAGGUGUGCCCGCUGACCUUUUUCACCAAGUCUGAGAUGCAGAUCCACUCCAAGUCGCACACAGAGGCCAAGCCCCACAAGUGCCCGCACUGCUCCAAGUCCUUUGCCAACGCCUCCUACCUGGCCCAGCACCUGCGCAUCCACCUGGGUGUCAAGCCCUACCACUGCUCCUACUGUGAUAAGUCCUUCCGACAGCUCUCCCACCUCCAGCAGCACACCAGAAUCCACACAGGUGACAGACCCUACAAGUGCCCACACCCUGGCUGCGAAAAGGCUUUCACUCAGCUCUCCAACCUCCAGUCUCACCAGCGCCAGCACAACAAGGACAAGCCCUACAAGUGUCCCAACUGCUACCGGGCCUACUCGGACUCAGCGUCCCUGCAGAUCCACCUCUCAGCCCACGCCAUCAAGCAUGCCAAGGCCUACUGCUGCAGCAUGUGCGGGCGGGCCUACACCUCGGAGACCUACCUGAUGAAGCACAUGUCCAAACACACGGUGGUGGAGCACCUGGUGAGCCAUCACUCGCCCCAGAGGACGGAGUCUCCCGGCAUCCCGGUGCGAAUCUCCCUCAUCUGAGCCUACCUGAGGCGCUGCCCUGCCCGGCCCACUGGCAGACCCAGACCCAGGCAGCACCAGGCCCCGACUCCCACUGGGGGCCCUCCAGGAACCGCCGAGCUCUCUCAUGACUUUCCCAGCCUGCCAGGAAGCUUGGUCCGCAGAAGCCCUGCCUGGUUCAACUCCUGGGUCAGCCAGGCCAACUGCAAGAUCCUGGACUGUUUUGGUGGCAUCCAAAGACGAUCUCAGAGCACUUUGUACCUGUCUGUUGGGUUUUCUUUUUGUUCCCCACCCUUCACUUGCUUCACUGUUUUUUGUUUUUUAAUUUUUUUUUGGAAAUAACAAAAAAAAGAGAUAUUUAUUGGCCAGGAUGUUGGUGCUGCUAAGACCGAGAAACUAAAAGAACCGGACAGAUGGAUGCAGAGAACCAGAGGGCAGCGUGGGACCUUCUCUGGCCAUGGCCUCGGGUCUUGAGGGAAAGCUCAGGCUUGGGGUUCUGGACAGCAAAGGGGACCCAAGGAGGGAGCGGGCAGGAGGCAGCUGAAGUGAGCCCUUCGGCCCUGGGUGCUCAGUUCAUACCGUCUGAGCUGUGCCCUGGGCUUCACUGAGCAGAGGAUGUGGCAGCUAUCAGGGCUGUCCAGGCUUUGGGAGGCGGCAACAAGAGGGGCCGGGAGAUCAGCAGGACCAAAAGGGUGCAGAGAAGGGCUGGACAGCAGGCCCAGGAAAACGGGGGAGAGGGGAGGGUUGGGUAAGACCCGGCCCCUCCCCCACGACCCUGACGACCACCCCAGGCUACCUCGGUGCUGGCCAAGAAACCUAUCGGCUACCUCUCUGCCACCCCAGACUGUGGGCAGGGGCAUGGGGAGGAUGGGCUUGGGACUAGGACCCCCUUCCAGAGUUUCUUCCAGAUGGGAACAGUGCCCAGGGAGGGGUUGUCUUCCCUGCCAUGGAACGGGAAUCCCAGCCCAGGCACCAGGCCCCUCAGCAGGGAAGGGAUCCUCCAGGAGGAGGGUCCCAGGAGCAGACCCUGCCCCCGGAUGGCCCCCACAGACAUCCCCAAUCUGAAAGCCAUGCGUGUCCAUGUAUAUAGGAACCAUGUACAGAGCCCGGAAAAGCCCCUCCACAUCCCCCCGGGAAAAAAAAAAAAGAAAACUAGACAGAAACUCAUCUAUAUAUUCUGUAUCUCGAGUUCCGUUUUGAAUAUUAACUGUUAUUUUUAUACACUUUUUAAGCCUUAACUCGCCAUUGAUUUACCAGUUUAACUUUCCUGGGGUUUCUAUUCCCACGGGGUUCUCUGCCCCACCCCCACCCCUUUGUUUGACUUGUCUGAUACUCAGUAUUGUAGCUUUUCGUCCGCAUGUUACUACCCUGUAAAUAUGCUGUUAUACAUACUGUUAACACCCCUUUGCUUUUUUCUAUGGGACCUCCAGGCCACCAUAUUUAGAACUAGUUAUUAAAAAAGAGAAAACAGUCUGUUGGCUUCUCAGUCUGCAUCUUGGUGGCAGGGAGGCGAGGGCAGGUGCCACUCCAACACUUCAGGAGAAAAGUUUGCAUUCUAUUAAAAAGAAAAAAACGGGGAGCAAAGUAAAAAUCAAUGUGGGGGAAGAACACUAAAGGGGGCAAGAAACAAAGAAAUUACAACCCCUCUGCUCUUUGUAUUUCUCUAUUGUGAAGAAUAAACUGUACCUGCACCCGGGU